AAGAGCGGGGGUGAUGGAGACGCAGGUGCGGGGUCAGUGGUACAGAGUGUUCGUGUCGUUGGAGGACGAUUACCUGAGUAUAACGCUCGACGAGAGCUGCGAGAACGCGAGUUCCCUCAACGGCAACAUAAACAACAACAACAUUGACAGUCUGAACGAUCCCGACGUACCGGACAGCGUCGCUAACCAGAAACGCGUCGUACGCGUCGUAAAGAGCGACAACAACGGGCUGGGCAUAUCGAUAAAGGGCGGCAAGGAGAACAAGAUGCCCAUUCUUAUAUCGAAGAUAUUCAAGGGCAUGGCCGCGGACGCCACCGAGCAACUCUACGUCGGCGACGCCAUACUCGCCGUCAACGGCGAGGACCUCAGGGAAGCGACUCACGACGAGGCCGUCAAAGCUCUGAAGCGCGCCGGAAAGGUCGUCGAGCUUGAAGUGAAAUACCUUCGCGAGGUUACGCCUUACUUCCGCAAGGCAUCGAUAAUCCAGGAAGUUGGGUGGGAGCUUCAGAGAGGAUUCUUGAGCGCAGCUCCUCCACCUCCGAAGUCGCCGCCGAGAGCGGACACUCGAUACCUUCCACUCCAACUAUGCAGAUUGACCAGAAGUCAUCCCUCUUCCGAUCCAGAGGGUCGCACUCUCGAGCUACAUUCACCCGACGGUGUUCACGAGUGCUGGCUCAGGGCACUGGACACCACUGAAGCCAACGCCUGGUUCAAUGCUCUACAUUCCGCCCUCGCCGCCCUCACCCAGAAGGCCUUGCGGCUCGCUUCUGCUCUACCCGAUCCUCCUCAGCUACAGCACAUUGGAUGGCUCGCAAGAAGACACUGCCUACAGAAUGGACGGGGCAGCAGCGAGAGCAGCGAAGACGGAGCCGGAAGUAGCGCCAGCACGUCCCGCGGUGCCGGAAGUGGAUUCGGUCUUGGUCUGCCGGGCGGAUGCAGCGGAGGAUGGCGCAGCGUUUUCGGAGCCGUAUCUGGCCGUGAACUAAGACUCUACGAGUGCGCACCCUGGAGUCCGGAGGCGUGGGCGUCCCCCAGCAUAACCUGCCCCCUCAUCGCAACGAGGCUCGUGUCGUCUUCGACUCCUCGCCAAGGCGAGGCGGCCGCAAGCAGCAGCAGCAGCAGUGGCACUUCCGGUACUCAGCACGGAGGUACCUUCGCAGUACGCGUCGGUACGAUCGAUGGCGUUGUUACCCACCAUUUGCGGGCAGAGACAAGAAGGGAUCUUGCCACCUGGGCGAGAGCCAUCGUCCAGGGCUGUCACACCGCCGCACAUUCUCUUCGCGAAUACGCCGUCCGCUGCGUUUGGCAGGGCAGAUCUUGCCAAUUGGUCGUCAAUCACGAAGAAGGCUUUGCCUUGUAUGCCGCGGGUUCCAGGUCCCUAGGAAACGGAGUUAGCCCCGGAUCAGCGCCUGCUCCUCUGUGGCGACGCUCUUUCGACAAGCUAAGACUUUCCGCGGACGAUGGAAACCGGCUUUUGUGGCUCGACUUCGAGGGCGAAGACGGGGAAAUCGAACUCGACCUGGAGAGUUGUCCGAAGCCGAUAGUCUUCGUCCUCCACAAUUUCCUAUCGGCGAAAAUACAUCGGCUCGGUUUAACGGCAUAGGGGUACGCGGGGGCCUCAACCGAGCCCCCGGAUCUUCCGCCCCAUACGACUCGGUCGGUAACGAGCGCCCUUUUGCAUUGAAUAUCUCUAAACAGGUGUAAAAAAAACAAAGGAAACGCGCCAGGAAGAAGGAUGAAAAAUUAAAAGGAACAACAAUUUGGAAAAAAAGUAACAGUUAUUCACACAACGUAUACACAAUUGACAUUAACAAUUAAUUACAAUAUAUAUAUAUAUAUAUAUUGUAUCGUUAGCCCCCAUAUUGCAUAAAUUCCUGCAUGUAUUUACAACUAUCGCAGAGAAAUGAAUUAUACUCUUAUGUACUUGAUGCAUCGAUUUUUAUAUAUACAUAGGUAUAUUUAUAAUAUUCUAAUAUACGAUGAAUCAAAAUUUUGAUUAUUAUCUCACACGACGGACGGAGAUUCGAAGAAAAAUGAGCAAAUGAGACAUAUUUCAAAACUAUUAAAAUCGAUAGAAUUUCGACUACAAAUAAGAAAUAAAACAAUAAAUAGGUGCCGAACUCUUAUCGAAUUUCCCUCUGAAUCCUUCGUUCUUAUCAUGCUCUUUUCUUCGACUUAUGCGGAAGUGAAGUUUUUUUUUUUUCUUUUAAUUUUUUUUAUUUUUUUUUUAAUUUUUUUUUUUUUUCUCCUAAUAUUUUUAAAUGCAACUCAGCGUGCAGGCUCUCGAUACGAAAACGAUGUAGAAGAGAAGAAAAAAAAAUGAAAAAGAAAAAUAAAUGAAAAUAAAACAAAAAAUGAAAAGCGCCAAUUACCUAAGAAAGUAUAAAACAAAAAUAAUUCACUAAAGACGAAGAAAAUAUACCACUUAAAUAUAUAAAUAAAUAUAUGUAUAGGAGAACAAGCCAUCCACGAAAUAAACUGUCAUGGUACGUGUAUCAAUCUUUUGAAAAUCGCAUCGAAUCAUGUAUAUUUCUAUGUAUUUUUCGGGAGAAUCUCGAGAAUGGAAAAGACAAAUAUUCAGAGGAACAGGAGAAAAGGAAAACAAACGAGGAGAAAAUAAGAAUAGACUAAGGGGAUAACUAUUCGAACAAAGUAAUCGCGGUAACGAUAUGAAUUUGAGAAUGAAUUAAAUUGCAGAAGAUGAAGAGGAAAAAAUUGAAAAACGAUAGAAACUAUUUAUAGUAUAUAAAUAUGUUAACAAAUUAUCCAUACUUGGGUACUUUAAUUGAAAAAUAAGGAAAUUACAAAAGAAAAAAAAUUAAUAGUAAUAAUAAAUCGAUACGCGUACGCUACAAUAAAUAAUAUUGUCUUACGUAUCGAAAUACGAGUAAUAAAAAUAGAAAUGACAGAAUCAAUAUGCGAUAUAUUAUAUAUUAUAUAAUGUAUAUAUGUAUAUGUAUAUAUAUGUAUAAUAUACAUACAUGUAUAUAUAUAUGUACACAUAUGAUAUAAAUAUAUAUUAUCGUUAUAAGUAAUUAGUUAAUUUAUACCUUAUCUACCUUAAAUAAUAUUAACAUAUUAGAUCAUGUUAUAUAACAUUACAAUUCACCUAUCAUGCUAUACGAACUGCAUAUAUACAUAUUGAAUAGGUGAUACAUGUAGUUAUUGUACACAUUAUAUAUAUAUAUACAUAAUACAUAUAUAUAUAUAAUAUCAAUUACCGUACGCAUUUAUAAUUAAUAUGAUAUAUUCAUACGGUAUCAUACGAAAUACGCUAUAUUAACGUAUAUAAAUAAUCAUAAUAUAUAUGUAUGAUAUAACUUCAAGUCAACGAAGAAAGGAUGAAUUUGACCCCAAGGUAAAAAAAAAAAAAAAAGUAGCACUCGGAAAGGAAGAAAAAAACAGAAAAGAAGAAAAACAGUCUGAAGAUAUUUAAUUAUUGCCAUCAUUAUUAUUACCUACCGUUAUAUUCGCGAAAAAUUAGCAGGAGAGAAUAACAAAAUGGUGGGAUUCGUACGUCAGCAUAAUUUUCCGGUAUAAUUGGGGAAAAAACUUGGAUCGUGCAGCAAUCCCCCCCCCCUCCCCAUUCGCAGAGUGUGCUUUAUAUAAACCCCGUCUGUCUCUAAAUUCGCAAUUUUGCAAAUGCGCAGACUCUGCGAUCAAUUUCCGUCUGGCUGUUGUACGUAUACCGCGUGUACAUAAUUGUGCUGACGUUAAUCAAUUAGUAUUAACGAACCGUCGGGAAUGUUAGUUAUAUAAAUACGCCGCAGAGUAAAUAGAACAAGUCGUCGCGUACACGGGGUUUGAAAAAAAAAUAAAUAAAUAGAAAAAAAGAACUAAAAACUAAAAAUAAAAGAAUGAAAGCAAAUGGUAUGCGUAGAGAAGUCGUAAAAUUUUAAAAAUUUAAACAACGGAUGGAAAAAAAUUGCGUGGGAAAUAUAUUGAGAACAUGACAACCGUGAAAAAAAAAGAAUAAGUUUAAAAAAAAAAAAACGAAACUUCAAUUGAUCAAUGAUAAUUCGUUGUGAUAAUUGGGCUGAGGAUUAUUGAUGCAAGUACUUAGUACUUUUAAUUGUACGAAUAAUUGAAAAACAUGAGCAGAAAAAUUUAUCGAAUUAGUUUUGGGAGAAAGAAAAUGAUAGAAAGGGAAGUGUUAUUGUCGGUCAAGGCGUAUCCGUAAUUCGAUGCAAUCAAUUAUUAUCUGCGGCGCAUGUAUAUGUAUAUAUUAUAUAAUAUACGAAUAGUUUGGAUACUUGAUCGGUGUUCGGAUGUUUCGGAAUUCGGUUUACCUUUCGCCGUGCGUCUUUACCUAAAGGGUGUGUUAUUAUUAUCAUUAUUAAAAACGUGUACGGAAAAUAGUUGUUCAUGAACUGCGACUCCAAACAACCUGAACUAAACUAAUUCUAACUUAACGAUAAGUAGCUAAAAAUUAAAAAAAAAAAAAACAGCUGAUUGUAUAAUACGAUAUAUUAUAUAUAUAUAUAUGCAUAUAUAAUAGAUUAUCACUGAUAUCGGUUGUACAGAAGAGAGAAAAACAAAAAAAAAAAAAACAUUUACGAUACCUAAACAUUACAUUAUUAUUAUUAUUAUUAUCAUCAUUAUUACUGCAUAUUAGCUACGGUACGUAACAUCACGAAAUAUAAUGUGUACGUAGCCUAAUUCGCGAUCAAAAUUGACCCGAAAUCAAUAAAAGAUGAAAAACAAAAAAAAAAAAAAAAACAUUAUUAUUAUUAUUAUUAUUAUAGGAAGAAGCUCAUUGUAACGAAAUUAGAAAAGAUACAUUUGGUUAUACGUAUAUUGUAAUGACUACGCGUGAAUAUCACGGUUAUCGACUAUUAUCAAUAUUAUUGUUAUUAUUAUUGAGGUAUGACUUAAUCGUGGUGACAUAUCAACGAAUACGAACGUACGCACAAGAUUUUUAAUACGGUUUUGAAUACACGACGAUGCGGUUGAACAUGCCGAAAUUUAUCGUGGAAUCGAUUAGCAUAUGCAGGAUUACUGAAGUUAUAGAAAAUAUCUCGCGGUUAUAAUACCGAACGAAACAAAACGAGAAUCCUUUCUAAAAGGACCGAAUUUUUCUUUUACUUGUUUCUUUCGAUAAUUUCCAAUUCAGCAGCAAACGUAAGUGAUUUUGAAAAAAUUUAAUCAAAAUGAACAAUUUUCAUUUCGUUUUUUUUUUUUUUUUUUUUUUUUUUUUCUUGAUACGUGAUUUUCAGUCGUGUUCAUUCACGAGGUUUUGAAAACCAGGCAAAAAUUUAGCGAAUGCCAUUUAAAAAGUAUACAAAUCUUAGUUUGACUACGUCAAAUUUUUAAGUUUUGUUGGUUGAAGACAGAGUGAAAAAAAAACUGCACAAUUAAUUUACCCGUGUUCUUUAUCAUGCCUUCUAA